UCAUUUUCGUCGCUCUUCACCAUCACGAUUUCGUGCAGCUUGUCGCCGUUUUCUUAACUUCUCACGAAAACCAGAAAUUGACCAUGUCUUCUGCACCUAACACUGCCGCCGAGGCCACCAAGAUGAUCAAGGACGCUUCUGUCUUCCUUCUGGACAUUGAGGGCACCACCACGUCCAUUUCUUUCGUGAAGGAUACACUCUUCCCCUAUGUGCGUGAAAACCUGUCAGCAUACCUAAAGGAGAACUGGUCUGAGGCUAGUUUCCAGGAAACGUUGAAGAAGUUGGUCGAACAGUCGAAGGCUGACAUUGAGGCCAAGCUUGAGGGAGCCAUUGCUCUUGAUGACGAAGAGGAGUCGGCUGAAAAAGCUCAAGAAGCUGUGAAGAACAGUGUUCUCUGGAUGAUGGACUCUGACCGAAAGGUUGGUGCCCUCAAGCAGCUUCAGGGCAGCAUGUACGUCAAGGGUUAUGAGAAGGGUGACCUUAAUGGACAUUUGUAUGAUGAUGUGGUGCCCCAACUGAGGAAGUGGACUGAGGCGGAGAAGAAAAUUUAUAUCUUCUCGUCUGGCAGUGUUGAGGCUCAAAAGUUGCUCUUCGGCAACUCAGUUGAAGGAGACAUUACCAAGAUGAUUGCCGACUAUUUUGACACUGAAGUAGGCCCUAAGGUUGAGAAGGAGAGUUACGUCAAAAUUGCCGAAAAAGUGGGCAAGCCGGUUGGCGAAAUUCUGUUCUUCACAGAUGUUGUUAAGGAGGCUGAAGCUGCCAAGGAAGCAGGAUUGGCUGUUGUCUUGCUGGAGCGAGAAGGCAAUUCCCCCCUCUCAGAUGAGGACAAGACCAAGUAUACCGUAAUUUCCAGCUUCAAACUUGAAGAGCCUGAGGAGGAAGAGGUCCCGGCCAAAAAGCCAAAACUUGACGAGGAGGCUGUUGCUACUGAGGAGAAGCCCACAGAAGAGAAGGAAGAGGAGAAGAAAGAAGAAACGAAAGUGGAAGAUGUAGAGAUGAAGGCUGAAGAAACUGAAGAAGCCAAGGAAAAUGGUGAUAAGAAGGAAGAAGUUGAUAGUAAGGAGAAUGGUGAGGAGGAGGAGAAGAAAGAAGUGAAUGGCACGAAUGGAGUUCAUCAAGAGAACGGUACCAACGGAACUGAAGAGAAGACGGAGACCAAUGGCGUGUCAAAUGGAGACGCGAAAACUGAAGAAACCGUCUCUGAGAAAACUGUUUCCCCAACUAAGAAAGUUGUGACUGAGGAGACCGCAGAGGAAGCUCCUGAGGUUACAGCAGAGUAACUAACUCACUUAAACAGGCAACAGCUCCAUUCUCACUUUCCUCCAGCUGUUGCCUGCCCAAAUAUAGUGUAAGAAUUUUAUCUGUGUCACAUUUUCCCACUUGACUGUACUGGUUGUGAGGCAGAAAGAGCAGAAGGCAUCCAACUUAACUGUAAUGUAUCAAUUAAAAAAAAACGAAUCACUACCAUACUAGCUGAUAAGCACAACAAAAUUGUUUCAAGUGUAUUUUUGGUAACAUGUUAUCACCUUGCUGCCUGGUUCGCAGCAAGAAUUCGGAACUGCCAGGGUCUUCCAUCUGCACUGCUCAAAAUUUCAACCGUCUGCUAACAAAAAAGAUGUGUGCUCUCUGUGCUUAGUUAAAUUUUAAGUUGAGAUGUUCCUGAUAAGGGUUAAUUUAAUUACGACGAGUGAUGUUCAGUAUUUGAUUUUGAAUGUAUACGCACUAGAAUCUCAUAGUUUCAACAUUUCUAAUGUGACACCUAGGAUUCAAGGAAGCAUCGAUCAACAUUUAUCUUUAAUAGCUGACCUUAGCGCAGCUCUUUUAAUCUUAGAUGAUCAAUUCCUAAUUUUCAGCGUGAUUUUUGUAGCUAAACUACCAUUCCAUUUUUAAUUUAUUUCAUUGUACACAAAUGUACCACCUUUUGAAAUAAAUCAGAAUU